AGCGUUCAUUAAUAACCUGUUUGUGUUUCAGCUCCACAGUGUUUCCUCUCCGUCCUCCAGUUGAGAUGUUGUCCAGCUGGUUUCUGGUCCUGGUGGUGGUCUGCGGCGGAGUCUGGGCUCAGCCUGGUGUUAACCAACCCACUCCCGAAGAGGGAGACGGUCUAAAUCCUGAACAAACCCCAGAAGAUGUGAGAGUCCUGGUGCAGCAGCUGACGGCCAGAGUGGAGAAACUGGAGGCAGAGUGUGGAGCAAACCGAGCUGAAUCUCAGGUGGCGUUCUCGGCCUCACUCGUCACCACUUCCGACUGGACCCAUCAGGGGCCUUUUACCACCGACACCACGCUGCUGUUCGAGAAGGUGACGACCAACAUCGGCAACGCCUACGACCCAAACACAGGCGUCUUCACCGCCCCCGUAAAGGGACUCUACUACAUCCGCUUCACCGGCUGCGUUGGAAGCUCGGGGUCCAUGAACGCAGCGCUGAUAAAGAACAGCGAGAACAUGUUCGCCGUCUUCGACACCAGGGGCGUCCACGGCAGCGCCUCCAACGGCAUGCCGCUGGUCCUGGAGGUCGGGGACCGGCUCUCCAUCACCCUCUGGGCCGAGAACACCAUCUUCGACCAGAGUAACCUCAGCACCUUCAGCGGCUUCCUCGUCUCCCCCAUGUAGGUUUGAGACCGACACGCCGGUGGAGACCGACACGCCGGUUGAGACGGGCAUCCAGAUCGAGGUCCAGAACCCACAAAACCAGAUCCAGAUGUUCGGCUGAAACACUCAAUGAAAAUAUAAAAGUGAACCAAAAGCACCCCAGAGGCAGUUUGACACUGUUUUAUGUCAAAAUAAAAGAAAAUUAAA